AUGGCGGUGGCGGAUGUCCCCGGUCUCAUGGACAUUGCCAGUACCUUGGUCCAAGAUGAGAUCCCCUUCAAGCUACGAUGUGCCAUGUGCAAUAAGCUGGCAGUGAAUGCAUUUCGUCUCCCUUGUUGUGAUCAGUCCAUCUGUGAGACCUGCCAAGCUUCCCUGUCCGACACAUGCCCCGUCUGCACACAUACCCCGGUCUCUCCCGAUCUCUGCAAACCCAACAAGGCUCUCCGAACCACUCUUAAGGCUUUUCUGCGCACCGAAGAGAAGAAGCGGGAAAAAGACCAUACAAAAACACCUGUCCAGGAGGUAGCCCCUGAUCAAAAUGGGACUGAGUUAGUGACCGCUGUGGAGACCAAGGCACCUGUUACUCUGGAUUCUACGGGGCCUAUAGAACCAAAGCCUCAAGAGCCAGGAUUAGACAUAGCUGGCCCGGACACAAUUGCAGAAAGCAAUCCAGAGCCAAGUGUCCCAGAUUCGGCAAUUCAGCCAGCUCAGCCCGAGGCAGCUGGUGAUCAACUCAACGGCACCAAACCGGCCCUUGAGUCCAUGACUGAAGAUGCCGCAGUCAACGAAACCCCUCUAAAUGGAGAACUUGCUCCCCCGCUUGAGGAUGUUCCUGGAGAAUCCGGUACCAAUUCGAUGACCCCGAACAUGGCCGGAAACUUCCCCGCGAUGGGCUGGAACGGAACCGGCAUGAAUCCUUUCAUGACCGGCAUGUUCAAUUACCCGAAUACGAUGGGUAUGCCCAUGGGGAUGGACCCGAUGGCAAAUCAAGGGAUGUACGGAAUGAACAUGACUGGCAUGGGCAUGAACACUGGGAUGAACUACAACGGGGGCAUGUAUGGAUCCUUAGGAUGGGACGCAUCGCAACAGAACAACAAUAUGUGGCAAGGCGGCCAGAAUAAAUUCAAUCCAAAUGCUUUCGCAAAUGGCACGGGUCCUCCUUAUGGAGGAGCAUUUGGCGGGUCUAAUAUGUCUGCUUACCCUUCUCACUCAGACUAUCAGUCCGGUUACUAUGGCGGGUAUGGUCGUGGUGGAUACCGAGGUCGCGGCCGUGGCCAAUUUCAUGGCCCCGGUCGAGGUGGCUUCGGACCCAUGCAAGGUCAUUACCGUCAGGGUGCUAACUCAGGCUAUCUCAACCAGAACCCAAGCAUGGCUAAUGGUCCCAACGGUACUCCAAUGGAUACUCAAGGUAAUAUCCAAGCAAAUGAGACUGGUGCAGAAUCAGGUGAAACUGGACCCAGUGUGCCGGGUAAUGCAGAUGAUAUCCCAACAGACACCACAGACCAACCCCAAGGAAUUCCCACCAUUGACAGUCUUGAUAAUGUACCAACUGGCCCUGGAUAUGGUCAUAUGAGUAAUGGGUAUGGCCAGUACAGAUAUGGCCGGUAUGGGCAAGAACCGGGGCCAGGCGUCGAAGGCGCUCCUGCCGCUCCGCGUGCCAUGCGGCAGGGGCUACCCAACACCAGUGUGCUACGACAGCGUGGCUUCCAGAUUCAAGGCCGAGCCAGUAUUUCUUGUGAACCCACUGAGGACAAUCGCGCAAGGGCCACGUCCAACGCCCUAUCCCAACGUCCGCAGUCUCGAUCUCGAUCUCCGUCACAGAUUCCAGCUUCCCGCCCCCGUUCGCCAUCUGUUCAUGGUACUGAAGACGACCGUGACAGUCGGCGGGGUGCAGAAAUGAAACACAUAGAUCGGGUUGAUGAGCUACAAUCUGACGCCCGUCACUCUCGCUCUCCAUCCCGCGCAUCCUCUCGUCGGUCCUCGCGGCGCCGGCAUUACGACAGUGAUCGGGAGCGAGACAGAAGAAACAACCACCGUUCACAACGCUCCCGUCGUCAUCGCAGCCGUACCCGCAGCCCAAGUCGAAACGGCGAUGCCCGUCCCUCUAGUCGCCUAGAAAGGAUCCCCGAGAAAGAUGGGUCAAACGACGGGACCAAAGCGUCCUCCGAAGCACCAGAGUCGCGCGAUCUGGCAAGUCGAAUCAGCAGCACCUACCGCUCCACGAAGGACAGAGGCAGCCGCCGUGAAGAGGACAGAUCGCGGGAACAGGACCGAGAUCUCCGACGCCGAGACCGUGAACGAGACCGUGAACGAGACCGCGACCGCGGCCGUCGUGGCAGAGACCGUGAUUCCGAUCGCGAACGUCGCCGUGAUGGCGACCGCGAUAAAGACAGGACUUCAGAGCGCGACCGAGAUCGACCAAGAGAGCGUGACCGUGAACGUGAUCGUAAGCGCUCUCGCCGCGAUCGAUCCCCGUCCGCCGCCGGCGGCGACCAUCCUCAAGCCCGUCGUGUGAAACGUGGCGAUGAGGACCGUAGCCGAGACACAAAAGAAGCCUCAGCUAAGAGGGCCGAGCCCGAUAAAGACCCUUACACGCUUGAGCGCGAAGCACGCAAUAAGGAACGCCUCGAGCGUGAGCAGCAGCACCGUGACAAGGCCAAGUCUGGCCGCCGCCGUGACAGCCGGCAGGACCGUGUGGUGGCGGGCCGUCGCAUUAACUACAAGUACGAAGAUGAACUCUGA